AUGAGCCAGGAACAUUUACCAGGCUCACUGGACAAUACAGACGGCCAUGACUUAGUCCAGACAGAGCUAGGCGACAGUGCGCUGGCUACCAAUGUCAGAAACGUGCCGAACCCUCCCGAGAUCAAGUACCGGGCAUCUUCCAGGACGCUGGAGGAAACCCUGGCAGAGGGAUUGUCGAAUGAGGAUUUGUGGAUGCUUAUUCGGCGGUUUAACAAGCAAAUCUACUAUGUGAAAGCCGCAGAAGACGCUCCUCAGAAGGUGCUCGACCUUAAUCGCGCCGAAGACGAAAAGUAUCCCCCAGAAAAGCUGCGGAUAACUCUGGAACGAUUCUAUACUUCAGUCGUCAUAGGAUUCUCUAGUUUCUUCAAUCAUAUUGGCAGGCUGCGGUCGUGGAAGGAGCCUCGGCGAACAGCAAAGUUUUGUGCAUUUUAUUUAGUCGCGUGGCUUUUCGAUCUCCUCAUUCCUGCCAUCUCCAGCGUCCUUGUUGCUUUGAUCAUAUUCCCGCCAGUCCGACCAUUGCUAUUCCCAGAACCGGCUGAACCCGAUACAAAGCCAGGGCAGCAUGAAUCGCACGACAGCAUCACUGGUGUUUCGGAGGGACACAAAGGUGAAGCGGCUGAGCAAGAGGCUAGCAACCUAGUCAACAUGGUCGCCACUGUUGCUGUUGAAGGUGCCGCUGGAAAAUACGGCCAGGGUACGGCUGAGAGUUCAACCGAGACUCUGGCUGAAGAGAACCCUGAGACGCCAUCUAUGCCUGGGUCAAUGGAAGUGGUGCCAGUAACAGCAGAGGCGCCGGGUGAGAAUGGCCCGACAGAAGACAAGACCGAAAAGCCUAUGAAAAAGAAGGUAUCCAAGGCUACGAAUCAGACGAUGCGGGUCAUCAGUGAUAUCACAGAUCUUUAUGAGAGAUUUGCCAACGUCUUCUCCCCAACACCGCCAUUCUUUGCUAUCUCAGCUCGUUUGCAAUUGGUAGGAAUAUUGGUCUCUAUCUGCUUGGCCUCGCUCGUCACAUCAAGCUAUGUGAUUGUCAAGGGUAUUGGCUUUGUUAUCGGAUUCGGAUUUUUUGGCGAUCCAAUCUUCGAAUGGACAGUGGACUUUUUGAACCGCAAAGUUCCAAACUGGAAGGAUAAUUUGGACAUACAAAAAACACUUCUGAAAGGAGUCCCUACCAACGCCCAACUCACCCUAACCCUUCUUCGAAUCGGCGAAAUGAACUCCUCUCCUCUCCCCCCUCCACCAGGCUCCUCAAACAUCGAACCCUCAUGGCCUAUAUCCCGCAAGAAAUCCAACAACCUCAUCACCAACGGCACCAACGGCACCAAUAGCGACAACAACAGCGUCAACGACACCAACCAAGACUCCCCAACCGCCGUCCAAAAACAACCCUCCGCCGACUCCCUCGAACCCCCCAAACCCAGCAAACGCCGCUGGCUCACCAAACUCUUCAAAAUCUUCCGCCGCACAAUAUCCACAGCCAUCAAAUCCCAUAUCGCCCUCGACCGCGCCAUGGCCAUCGCCGGCUCUGCACACACCCAACACCUCCUCGGCAUGCUGCAACGCAAAGGCUUCAUAACAGCCCCCAUGGGCCCACUAAAAUUCGAAGCGAAAUUCGAGCGCAAGCGCGGAACAGUCGUCAUCGACUCCUCCAAAGAACCGCCCUUGCUCUACUUCACGACGCAGAACUCGGGUGCGCUGGAUGAUCUGCGGAUCGAGAACCAGAAGGAUAGUAAGGUGCUUUUCCAGAUCCCUGUUACUGAGAUCCGGGAGUUGAAAAAGACGGAGGGGCUGGGGUGGAAGGGGAAGUUGAUUGUGGAGUUGACGGUGAAGAGUAAGGAGGUUGCGGAUGGGUUGGUGGUUUGUGGGAGGGAGGUUGGGCAGUGCUAUCAUUUGACGGGGAUGAAGGGGCGGAAUCAGUUGUUUAACCGGUUGGUGGCGAUUGAUGCGCAGUUUUGGGAGAGUUAUUAG